GUAAACCUGGAAACGGGAUCUGAUAGGUUUCGUCUGCAUUUGAAAAACUAUUUCGUUUAUUUUUCCCUCAUGAACUUAGAAUGGUUGUAUUUUUUAUUUUGCUGCAUCUGUGUGCUCCAUUUUGAUUGUUCUAAUAUUCUCAAAUAGAGAAACUAGAUUUCAGCUGCAUCGUGAUUUCGAAGGUGUAUUUGAAAAUGUAUACAACAGCUAUUUACUAACCAACUAUGUAAUGCACACUAAACUAAGAAAUACAUCAUUUGGAUAUGAGAAAUAUUCACUAGUACCUCAAGAAAAUUUUUAGAGGAGAGAAGUGUUGAAAGGAAUUUUAAAAUGUACAAGUCUUCGCAUAUCUUUCGUUUCAUUAUCGGCACUAUUUUAGGGUUUGUAAUUACUACCCAGUUACGUUAUUUACUACUGCAUCAAAGUUGUUUUAUAUCCUUAAAUCAGGUUUCUGAUAGUCAAACUACAAAUAGUGAUGAACAUGCAGUUCAAGAUAUUAUUAAUAUUUCAGAUAUAUCUGAUGAGAAAAGGUUAAUUUUCAUAGGAGUAAUGACAGCUCAAAAAUAUUUAGAUACCAGAGCACUUGCAAUUCAUAACACUUGGGGAAAAACUGUGCCUGGAAAACUAAUUUUCUUUUCAAGUUCUUCCUCUAAAGUCAACACUUCUAUCCCUUUGGUACCUUUGCCGAAUGUCGAUGAUUCUUAUCCACCUCAAAAGAAGUCAUUUUUGAUGUUGAAGUUCAUGCACGAUAAUUUUAUAGAUGAUUUUGAAUGGUUUAUGAGAGCAGAUGACGAUGUAUAUAUCAGAACUUCACAGCUAGAAACUUUUUUGAGAUCAGUUAAUAGUAGCAAGCCACAAUUCAUUGGCCAAGCCGGGCUUGGAAACAAAGAAGAGUUUGGACAGCUCAGUUUGCAGGCAGAUGAAAACUUCUGUAUGGGAGGCCCAGGUAUGAUCAUGAGCAGGGACACUUUACGACUCCUCAUACCGCACAUCAGAUAUUGUUUGAAGAAUUUAUUCUCAACCCAUGAAGAUGUAGAAGUUGGAAGAUGCAUCAGAAAAUUUGUAGGCAUACCUUGCACUUGGUCUUAUGAGAUGCAGAGUAUUUUUUACCAUAGUUUCAGUGGCGAAGAAAUGUUUACAGCACGUUUGAAAACUAAAGAAAUACAUAGAGCAAUAACAUUACACCCAAUCAAGCAGCCUGCUUUUCUUUAUCGAAUGCACAGCUAUUUUCAUAGCCUGAAUACACAGAGCCUAAGGUAUAACUCACUGCUUCUUUACCGUGAAAUUCUAGAGAUGGAAAACAUUUUAUCUGAAGCAAAGUUAUUUAGCAACAGUAAUCAAUUAUUUCAUUUCAAUACAUCAGUAUUAGGGAUGAAGCCAGCGUUGAAUAAAUUUUAUCCAGUCAACAGAGAUGAAACCUUAGUUUGGGAUUUUCUGAGCAAGAGCAUAUAUUCUUUGUCUUCUUCAAAUCCAAAAAGAAGAUUAGAAUCUUAUCAACAGGUGGCAGUGAAUGAUGUAGUAAUGGAGGUAAUGGAAAUAAUAAACAAGUAUUCUAAACAAAGGGGUCGCGUCAUUGAUUUCAAAGAAAUUUUAUAUGGGUAUGUGCGAGAAAACCCUCUCUUUGGUGUGGAUUACAUUUUAGAUAUGUUGCUUACGUAUAGAAAAUACAGAGGGAAAAAGAUGACAGUUCCAGUUCGAAGACAUGCAUAUCUUCAGAAAACAUUUUCUCAGUUGGAAUUUAAAGAAGAAAACAGUCAAAACAACAACUUUCCAUAUUCUGAUAAAACAUAUGUCAACAUAAUUGUACCCCUCUAUGGCCGAUCAGAUAACUUAAAGCGUUUCUUAACUAAUGUUGAAAAUAUUUGUCUAAAAACACAGGACAAAAUUCGCAUUGCAGUUAUCCUUUUCGAUUCGGAUCAGGAAGAUGCAAUUGAAAGUAAGAUGGUAUUUGAAGAACUUGUAAGGAAGUAUCCAACAUAUGAUAUGCAUAUAAUUGAAGCACCAGGACCUUUUUCUCGUGCAAUGGCUUUAGAAGUAGGUUCUAAAGCGUUUUCACUUGAUGCACUGCUCUUCUUUGUUGAUGUUGACAUUGUCCUCAGCUCUGGGGUAUUGGAAAGAAUUCGAUUAAACACCAUAAAAGGGAAAAGAGUUUACUUUCCAGUCGUAUUCAGUGAAUAUGAUCCAGAGUACUAUGAUAAUGAUGCUGAACUGCCUCUGCUUUCGGAAGAGAGAGGGUAUUGGCGACAAUUCGGGUAUGGCAUUGUGAGCAUCUAUCAUUCCGAUUUGAAGCAAGUAGGUGGGUUCGAUACUUCUAUUCAAGGAUGGGGGAAAGAAGAUGUUGAUUUAUAUUCAAAGGUAGUUCGAAGCAAUUUAACUGUUCUUCGUGCUGCUGAUCCGGGGAUAGUCCAUGUUUUCCAUCCAAUUUCAUGCAGCCCUGAAUUAGAAGACUUGCAGUAUGAGAUGUGUUGGGGAAGCAAAUUAUCUAGUUUAGCUUCUCAAAAGACAUUAGCAAAGAUAAUAUUGCGGAAUCCCCAGAAGUACAUAAGUAUUAGAUGAAUAUUCAAGGUUAAACCAAUUUAAUUUUAUUGUGCCAAAGUUUUAUUUUUGAGCAUCCAGAAAAUUUUUUUGUGGUGUGUUGUUUUGUCUUAAUAUUCCUUUAGUUUUAUACUUUUCAUGUAAUUUUGUAUUGUUAAUAAA